AGGUAAAUAGUUAUUACGUAUGACUAAUUCGCACCUGUGCGCAUGCGUACUUUUACAGGUAAUCUACUUCGAAAACAUCAAAGAUGGCGCCUACCUGGAUGGCGCAUUUAGUUUUAAUAUUUCAAGCUAUUACAGUUUUAAUUUUGAUGAACCAUGCAGAAUCCCAAGACUGCACAUUCCCAAAAUAUAUCAAAGGGAACUACUUUUCUAUGGAAAAUGGUGAAAGUGUUAGUACUAUCAUAGAUGACAAGAAAUGGGGAGACUUGGAAUGUAAAGAAAAGUUUGAUCAUCCAAAACCUGUGCCAGGAACGGAGGGUGCAAAUCACACAUUUCUUGUCCGCAGCAUAAAUAACAACUGCUUAUAUUGUAUAGACGUACUAUGGCGAACUCAGAAUGUUUUACAGUUCAGGAAAGGUGAUUGUUUGAAAGACUCAGGGUCAUUCUUGACAUCGUCAAUUCACGUGAACACUUCGUGUGAAGGUGUGACCAAUGAGCUGCCUUCAGUGGACAGUACGAUCACCAUGUUUAAACGCACUGAUACAGUUAAUAUUAACUGUAUAUCAACAUUUGAGGGAGUGUUCCAGUUUACAUAUGAGGUUAACUAUGGUGGUGGUGGUAUUUGUGACAAUCCAGACAGUCAGAUUCAAGCUUGUCAGGACCCUGGAUCAUCAUACAUUGAUAACCAAGUGUUUCGUAUGAGAUAUUCAAGAUGUAGAGACGUGUCAACUUCACAAAACAAAAUGAUAAGAUACCAGUGUUUUGGCACCUGGUUUGUGAUGAGAGGAAAAUACCCAAAUGAAAUUGGCUACACAUAUGCUGUAAUAGCAGACACUGUUGAAAAUGAUCAAAGAGAGAAAUUUAAAUGUUUGAUGACAAACAAGAACCAGAAAGAAGCAUUCAAUAAAGUCCGCUGGGUGAUGUCACGAUUUGCAGACUGUAGAAAAUUGAAUAGUAUCUAUGAUGGUCCUGUAAGACUGGUGUUAACAAGAAUCCCUCCAGCCACAACUUAUCUCACACCACAGUGUAGCUUACCUCGUAACCUUACCGGUACCUGGCUUACACAAGGAGUACAGUAUCAGUCUAAUAUCAAGGUCAACGAUACUCAUAUCUAUUUCUUCACCCCAAAGAAUGAGUUUGAGUACCAGGAGACGUAUUAUUCCUGCCAGCAGUCGCAGGGAACCAGACAUCUUAUGACCAAAGUUGUUGUAGGAAAAUGUGAGGUGGACUUUACAUGCUUUGACAUUGUAGCACGUCAUCACAGUAUUGUUAAGUUCAGAGUGGGUAAACCCUACCAGUAUAAACAGACCAGUUCCACUACUAAUGAAGAAGUGGAUGACCCAAAGAGAAAGCUACGAGAGAUAUUUCGAGAGGCCUGCAGUUGGACAGCAUUUACGUUCAACAGAGAUGAGUAUGAAUGGAACUACGAGACAAUGAUACAAAAUCCACCAUCACCUGUAGCCUGUCCUAUUGCUGGACGUUACACAUUCUCACAAACAGUGAGGUCACCUUUAGAAAAGUUCCAGACACGUAUUCGUGGUGUUACUGACAAGCCUCGUGUACAGGUUGCCUGCAGGAACUGGGUCACAGAGUUCAAGUCUUGCAGUAACACGAUGACGAGGAUUGAGGUCGACGCAGAGUAUUGUGAAUCCGUAGACUACAGGGGUAGACCAAUAGGAGAAUAUGAUGAGCCUGACAAUACUCUAACAUGUGUUGGUUUCUGGAUGGAGGAUAUGAAGUCAUACCUUGUUACCUGGGACGAGGAAGAUGCUAUCUCAGCUUUUAGAUGCUGGGUGUAUGAGAGGAAAAGCUGGACAGGGGUGUACAUGUCGAGGGCUCAGAAUGCCCGAUGUCCGAGGGAACAGAGUGCUAAAUCAGCGAUGAUACCAGGCACGGGUCUUGCUUUAGAUCUGACUGAGAGUGAACGAUUAUUUGAUGAUUGUCCUCAGAGAUUUGAUCCCGGCGCAAAUCCUUACAGCAAACCUAUCACAUUAUGGGUAUUGAAUAAAGCAGGGAUCCAGCUACCUACAUUAUCUGUGCUCAUUGUUGCCAUGGCUACAGCAAUAUAUUCAAAAUGGAUCCAUUCAUAAUGAACACAAACUAUUUUAUUUUUAACAUGUUUUAUACAGUUUCUAAUGAAACCAUUUAUGUACAUAUCUGUAAAUGAACUUGUGAUAUAUGUAAAUCAUAGAUAUUUUUAUACCAAGUACGAGUUCUAUACAAUUUAUUUAACAUUCCAUUGUUUGUGAUGGUGACUAGUGUGCUAUGCAGGGACAUUGGAGCAUGGAGUACACUUUCUGUACAUUAUUAUGUCCACUUUGUGAGUUAUUUUCUUGAUUGUUGUUGUACCAGCUGUCUGUGACAGAUAAUUGGUGGUUCUACUCCGGUGCACACUUGUGCAUGAAAUAAUGCACAGAGGAGCACCUGAGAUUUUCUUCAAUUUAAAAAGCUCAAAAUAGAUUAGAGUGUUUGUUUCAGUAAGUCUGUAUAUGUUGAUCAGGUUCUGUAUUAUGUUUGUGGGUUUUUUUUGCAAUCUGCGACACAGUUGCUGUAAUAAGAUUGUCUAAGAAAAGUUUUUAAAAAAUGGCAAGAUGUAGCAGCAACUGGCAAACAUCAUGCAACAUUAUCGUUCAAAAUUAAGAAAAACUUCUACUGAUUAUUCCAGGCUAUUGUAUUUACUGAAAACAGUUCCAAACGGGCACUUAUCCAAAACAAAGAAAUUGACAUUUAGCGUCAAUAGUUGUAAAUUAGGUAUGCAAGUGUCAGAAAAAUCUUGAUUAUUUAAACAAGUUCUCAUUUCGUAAAGAUUUAAAUAACCCAUAGAAGAAUUUAUGCAUUUGGAGACUGGAUUAGAUAAAACCCUGGCUUUAAGUUAAUACAAAAAAAAAGAGUUUUUGAUCUAGAUUAAAAUGGAUAUAUUGUGUUAGAUUGCUGCACAGACUGGGACCAAGAAAUAUUUGACUUGUCAAGAAAAACAAAUAUAAGGUAAACCUAUAUAGUGCAUUUCUUAUACAUCUGGAGACUUAGAUUUUCCACAAUCCUUUAAAUUUGAUUAUUACAUUCCAUAUUUUCUGAACAUUUUGCCUGCAUCUGGCCUGACAGUAGUUUGAGUUAUUUCAAGAAAUAUCUGAGGAGAGUCAUACUUUGAGGUUACUUGGUUGGUUAACUUUGCAAAGGUUGUUUGCUAUCAUAACAAGUUUUAAGAUCUGCAGAGAUCAUCUCUGAAAUGCUUAGACACAUAUAAGCCGCGUCAUGACAAAACCAACAUAAUGGGUUUGCGACCAGCAUGGAUCCAGACCAGCCUGCGCAUCCGUGCAGUCUGAUCAGGAUCCAUGCUGUUCGCUAUCAGUUUCUCUACUUGUUAUAGGGUUUGUAAGGUGAACAGCAUGGAUCCUGAUCAGACUGCGGAGAUGCGCAGGCUGGUCUGGAUCCAUGCUGGUCGCAAACUCGUUAUGUUGGUUUUGUCAUGACACGGCUCAUAUCAGUUUUUAUACAUUAUAUGUUUUAUAAUUGUACAUAAACUAUAUUGUAUAUUAAUUAUUCAUCAUGUACAUAUUACAUUCCAAACCAUUCUGCAUCAAACAUUUAUCAUUUCUUAAGUUUUUCAUUUACUUGUACAUAUACUCAGAAUUUUAUUCUAGCAUAGUCAUUGUUAUAAUAAUCGUGACUCCAUCCAUAAAUGUUUUAACAUUGGAUUAAAAAAAAUAAGAUUUCAAUACAAAAAAAUUUUCUUUGAGAUAGGAACUGUAAUCCAGAAAUUAAUUUAGCAUUAUCUGAAACAGUUGCUGAAACUUUAAGUAAGAUUUCUUUUUUCUUUUUCUUUUUUUAAUCAAUUGUAAAUAAUUCUGAAAUGUUCACAAUAUCACUGCUUAGAAUUAUUUGCCUUCCGCAAGCUUUCAGAAAGUUAAUUCCCCCAAUUUUGUAGCAAUUGUACAUAAUUUGGAAUAUGUACAGUGCUUAGAAUUAUAAUUAUUAGCAUUUUGCACAAUACAGUAAAUCCUACAAAGAAUUGCAUCAUAGUACUCGUGUAUUUUUGUAUUUAGAAAAUGUAUAUAAUCAAUGCCAUGUCAUUAAAUACUUUAUACUGAUUUUCUAUAAAUAAAAAAAUAAUUCCUUA